AUGCUAAAAGAGAAUAUACACAUAGAUUUGGUAAUAGAAACGUUGGAUGGGCCACUGAGAGCUCAUAGAGCUAUCCUAGCUUCAAGGUCAUCGGUUUUUGACGGCAUGUUUGGUAAUGAUUUCAAGGAGAAAAACUUGGGAGUAGUAAAAAUACUCAAUAUGUCGACGGAUGAAGUUUUGACAUUUCUUUCAUAUAUAUACGGAACAAUAAAACAUGAUGAUUUUUCAAAACAUAGUCUCACAUUGAUGGCUGCUGCAGACAUAUAUGACAUCCAAGAUCUUAAGGAUUGCUCCGAAGAAAUUUUGUUAGCCGAUAUAAAUACUACUAAUGUUCUCAAGAGACUCGGAACAGCCUGGUUAUAUAAGGCUAACAAAUUGAUGGCGGAGUGCUUGAAGUAUUUGUUUGAAUUUGGAAUGCUAUAUGUUGUUAGAAAGGAGCUGAAGGAUUUCUUCCGCAUGGCCGAUCGAGAAUUGCUAUUAGAAUUCUUUGAAGAAGUUUUUACCGUUUGGAAGAAUUUAUAA